GAGGUGAUAUUUCUGAACUGAUAGUUGUACUUCAUGAUGUGAUAUUUGUACUCUUUGGAGUCAUGGGUCCUUCUGGUUUUAACCACACAGGGACAUCGGGUUCGGUCUGCAGCUUUGCCUCCAAACAGAGCACCAGGAGUAAUUUGAUGUUUGUUGUUAUUUAUUCAAAUGAAAACAUAAAAGAAAGAUGAGUUGCAAUAGUUUGGAUGUCUGACGAUGUCAAUCACCAUCAGGCCGAGGUCACAGACCAACCACUUUUAUUCAAAUAAAUGAAUGCGGCUCCCACAGCUAGAUUCAAUCUGACAUUAGUAGUGUAUGAAACUACAUCGUCUGAUGAAAAUACUACAUGACCUGCUAUUAGUACUUAAUGUUGUUAGUGAUACAUCAAAUUCUUCAUAUUUACUGACAAUAGAAAACGUAGCAGCUGAUCAAUGCAAUGCUCACAAACACCAGCAUGAAGGGCUGUUCUGUUCUGUGUUGGAUCCACUGAUCCUUCCUGUUCCCUAACUGAGCCCAGAGGGGGAUAAUCUGUGCUAAUCUGAGUAAAUCUGCCCCCCCCCUCCCCUCCCCUCCGCCCUGGCUCUGCUUCUCCUCAGUCCGCACUGACUCGCAGCCAUGCGAGCCGACGCCCCGGGAGGGUUCCUGGUCCUGCCGUGGCCCGGAGGUUCUGGUUCUGACCCCCCUGACCUGCAGCCGGUGGAGGAGGGGAGGGGGGGGCUUCUGCUGAGGUCUGGAGCUCUGGUCGGACUGGCUGUGAUCUGUGUGACGGUGCUGCGGAGGUGGAUAGCAGGUGGAGUGUGUCGCUGCUCGACCCGUCUGGAUGGAAAGACGGUUCUGAUCACCGGAGCAAACACCGGCAUCGGCAAAGAGACGAGCAGAGACAUGGCCCGCAGAGGGGCCCGGGUGGUGAUGGCCUGCAGGGACCUGACCCGGGCGGAGCAGGCGGCCGAGGACAUCCGUCAGUCAACAGGAAAUGGGAACGUCGUGAUCAGGCAUCUGGACUUGGCCUCCGUUUACUCCGUCACACAGUUUGCUAAAGACUUCAUGGACGGUGAAGACAGACUGGACAUCCUCAUCAACAACGCAGGAGUGAUGAUGUGUCCAAGGUGGCUGACGGAAGACGGUUUUGAAACUCAGCUGGCUGUCAAUCAUCUGGGUCACUUCCUGUUGACCAAUCUCCUGCUGCCGAGGCUGAAGACCUCAGCCCCCAGCCGCGUGGUCACUGUGUCAUCCAUUGCCCACCAAGGGGGUCGCAUCGACUUUGACGACUUGUUCGCCAGCAGAAAAACGUACAGUUCGCUGGAGAGCUACCAACAAAGCAAACUAGCCAACGUGCUCUUCACCAGGGAACUGUCCCGACGUCUCACAGGCUCCGGUGUGUCGUCGUUCUGUCUCCACCCGGGUGUGAUCCGGACCGAGCUGGGCCGCCACGUGGAGGGCUGGUUCCCCAUGCUGGGGGCCCUCCUGAGGCUCCCCUCCCUGCUGCUCAUGAAGACCCCCACUCAGGGGUGUCAGACCACCGUGUACUGCGCCGUGACGCCGGGUCUGGAGGGCCAAUCGGGGAGAUACUUCAGUGACUGUGCAGAGAAGGAGGCGGCUCCCGAGGGGCGGGACGACUUUGCGGCGCGGAAGCUGUGGGAGGAAAGCGCUCGAUUGGUUGGAUUAAAGGACGCUUGCUGAUCUUCAACCUUCGUCCCAUCAAUCAAAUUCUGUCCGUGUGCGGGUGGGGGGACCUCAACAUUUCCCUUUAAUCACUUAAUAUAUUUACUUGAUUUUUAGUUUGCUUAUUUUAUUUAACUUGCUUCAUCUUUCUUUUUGGUUCUCUAUGUGUGUUUUUUUUUCAGAGUGAAAAUUAAAAGCUCAGUUCAGUUUAUGUUUUGAAUUUUCAGGAAAUCAAAUUCAGCAGCUUUUUGUUUAUUUGUGUUUGAGACGUUGAGUUAAGUGAACGUUGAGUGAAAGUUGACACAAUUUAAUUUCAUCUCUUAAAUCUUAUAUAUAUAAAAUAUAACAAAUUCUUAUAUUUAAAAGUUUGUCAAAUGAAAAUGUCUAAUGAUGAUGACAAUUAUGAUGCCAGGAAAUGAUUGUAUUAUUCAGAAUAAAGGAUUUGAUUGAU